AUGCAGGCGAUAGAGGAGGCGCGGGCGCUGCUGAUGGAGGGCGCCGUCCACCGCGACACAUACGUGCCCGCGGCGCCAGCGGGCUCGGAUGAGCAGCAGCAGCAGCAGCAGCAGCAGCAGCAGCAGCAGCAGCAGCAGCAGCAGCAGCAGCGACGGCAGUUGCAGCAGCCGGCGCUGCUGCCGCAGAUCAUGCCGUCCAGGGAGGAUGCGCAGCGGCGGUCGGGGCGGCACCUGGCGAAGUUUGUGCGGCAGGCGGCGCUGGAGCCGGAGGCUGCGUACAACAAGCUGAUGGACCAGUCGUGCAAGAGGGUCCUGGGGGUCUGGCGCCACAACAGCCGCGCGGUGGAGGGGCAGCGGCUGAUCCGCCUCCCCGCAGACCGCCCCGCCCCCAAGCCUGCGCCCGCGGCCGCCGCCGCCGCCGCGCCCGCGCCCUCCGCCGCGCCGAGCGGCCUGCGGGCGUUCGCGGGCGCGGCGGCGGCGCGGCGGAAGCAGCAGCAGCAGGCGCGGCGUCCCGCCAGCCUGCCUGUGACAGCGGCCGCUGCGGCGGCGGACGGCGGGCCGCGCGCGCCUCUGAGCAGCGACGACGAGGAUGACGAGUUGCCGCUCGCGCAGGCGAUGGGCAUCGCGCGGCGCGCGACGUGGCCCGCGGCCGCGGCGGCGGCGGCGGAGGAGGAGGCAGAGGCGGCUGGCACGGGAGGAGCGGGGCCGAUGGACCUGGGCGGAGGGCCAGGCGAGGCUGGCAGCAGUGACGAUGUUGCAGCGGCCCCCGCGGCGGGCGGCCGCGCUCCCUAA